AUGGCAGCGGGUGUCCUUACGCAGAUCGCACACAAGUGUUGGGGGAGGUCCAACCUGGAAAGCGUAUUUGACGCGCUUCGAAUGCAGGCCCUCGUGAAACAGCGGUGUCGUGAGACAAUAGUGGGCGCAUCAGCAUCAGCAACAGUGGCGUCAAGAAGAGGAUCGCCAACGUCCACGAGGAACUUGGCGUGGAAGGCGACACUCCAACGCGGACUUUCUACGAAGUCAGAAAAGGCCUCUUUUGUGCGGCUGCUCCUGUGGGAGUUGACCACGCGUAUCGAGGAGGCGGCUGGAUGUGAUAAUGCACUGCCGGUGACUGAGGUGGAGUGCUUAAUGCUGGAGCUUGCGCGGCGCCGAUUGGCGUUCGAGAUGGUGUACCUGCAGUCCAUGAAGUACAUGCAGCACGUGGACGCGACGUUUCGGGAAAUGUCGUUCCCGUCGCCUGAGGGUCUGGUGUCAAUGGGCGUCGCGUAG